CUGCGGCCUUUUACUGCUCUACCUGUUGCUUCCCAUCCACCACGCUCUCGACCACAACCUCGCCCACCCGUAUUCAAUACAUCAGUCGACGCUCCAGGCAAUCCGCUUCAAGCACAAUCAAUCACAUUCCAAGCAACAUGCCUCCAAAAGCCGCAACCAAGAAGGCUAGCAAGCCUGCUGGCGCCUCCCAGCACGGCACUUACCAAGACAUGAUCAAGGAGGCCAUUGUCAGCCUCAAGGAGCGAAAUGGUUCUUCUCGCCAGGCCAUUAAGAAGUACGUCCAGGCCAACAACAACCUCACUGGCGUCAGCGAUGCUGUCUUCACCGCACAAUUCAACCGCGCCCUCCAGAAGGGCUCCGACAGCGGUGUCUUCGCGCGACCAAAGGGUACCUCUGGAACAGUGAAGCUCGCUGCGCCAACGUCCAAGGCCGCUGCUUCCACUAAGACCGCCGCUGCGAAGACCACGAAGGCUGCUGCACCAAAGAAGACCGCCGCUGCCACCAAGAAGACCACCACAACCAAGAAGGCCGCUGCCCCAAAGAAGGCUGCUGCUACUAAGAAGACCACAACCACAAAGGCAAAGGCACCAGCGAAGAAGGCGGCAACCAAGACAAAGGCAAACACUGGCACCAAGCGCAAGACACCUGCUGCUGCUCCAGCCGUUGAGGAGAAGGCUCCAGUUGUCCUCGGCAAGACCAAGUCAGGGCGCGUAACCAAGUCUACCGCCCCACAGGCCGUCCGAAAGACCACCGCUCCCAAGAAGGCCGCCGCGAGGAAGGCAACCCCAAAGAAGAGCGCGACGCCCAAGAAGGCAUAAGCGUCUCUUUUCUUCUUCUGUCCGAUCUGACGACGUUGCGACCUUCCGUAAUGGGGACUGAUGCCUGACGCACCAUGUUAUCGGAUACGCAGUUGUCGAAGAAGCGCGUCGAUGGUGGUCGCGGUCGGCGAUGCAAGGUGUUCGGCGUCAGAUGAAAGGUCCAUGGAUAUAUGUAUGUGUGAUACCAGCUCGCGGUUUGUGUGAGGACGCGUUUGUUCUCCCGCCGACCUUCUCGUAUUGGGACCGGCUUCUCGGGGACUUCUUAUUUUGCUUUGGGGGAUGUUUAUGACUGGCGUUAUGGGGAGAGAGCACGGCCGAGGGUACUGCUACUGCUACGAGAGAUGUCACAAUGCUAUGCAGCGCGAACAGAGUACAUAGCCUGACAUGCAUUUUAUUUUGAACUUG